GCGCGCCCGCCCGCUCCCUCGCUUCUCCCCCUUUCCCUCCUCCCCGUCCCCUCUCCUUCCCUCACCUCUUCCCUCCCCACCUCCCCUGCUCUCGGUUUCCUCCCCCAUCCCCUUGACUCUCCCCUCCCUGCCCUCGCGCUCUUGUCGCUCGCUCGCCCUCAGCCGCGGCCCCCGCCAUGACGGAGGCGGGUGCCGGUGCCGUUGCCGCCGCUGCCGUCGCAGGGGGGGAGUCGGGUUCCCAGAAAGUAGCUUGAUGAGUGUCCAAAGUAGCAGUGGAAGUUUGGAGGGGCCGCCAUCUUGGUCCCAGCUCUCCACGUCUCCAACCCCGGGCUCGGCGGCGGCGGCCAGGUCCCUGCUGAAUCACACGCCGCCAUCCGGGAGGCCCAGGGAAGGUGCAAUGGAUGAGCUUCACAGUCUGGAUCCGAGAAGGCAAGAGCUGUUGGAAGCCAGGUUCACUGGAGUUGCGAGUGGGAGCACGGGGAGCACGGGCAGCUGCAGUGUUGGAGCGAAAGCCUCAACAAAUAAUGAAAGUUCUAAUCACAGUUUUGGAAGCUUGGGAUCUCUAAGUGACAAAGAAUCAGAGACACCAGAGAAGAAACAAUCAGAAUCAUCUAGGGGAAGAAAGAGGAAAGCAGAAAACCAGAAUGAAAGUAGCCAGGGAAAAAUUAUUGGGGGACGUGGCCACAAAAUUAGCGACUAUUUUGAAUACCAAGGUGGGAAUGGCUCAAGUCCAGUAAGAGGCAUACCUCCUGCAAUCCGUUCUCCUCAAAAUUCACAUUCACAUUCCACUCCUUCCUCAUCUGUUCGACCGAAUAGCCCUUCUACAGCAUUAGUUUUUGGGGACCACCCUGUUGUACAACCAAAGCAGUUAUCCUUUAAAAUUACUCAGACUGAUCUCACAAUGCUGAAAUUAGCAGCAUUAGAAAGUAAUAAAAACCAGGACCUGGAAAAGAAGGAAGGUCGUAUAGAUGAUUUGCUCAGGGCUAACUGUGAUCUCAGACGGCAAAUAGAUGAACAACAAAAAUUACUUGAAAAAUACAAAGAACGAUUAAAUAAGUGCAUAUCAAUGAGCAAGAAACUUCUUAUUGAAAAGAGUACACAAGAAAAACUAUCAAGCAGAGAGAAGAGUAUGCAAGAUAGAUUACGCCUUGGGCACUUUACCACAGUUAGACAUGGCGCUUCAUUUACUGAACAAUGGACAGAUGGUUUUGCAUUUCAGAAUCUUGUGAAGCAGCAAGAAUGGGUGAAUCAGCAAAGAGAAGAGAUUGAGAGGCAAAGGAAGCUUCUAGCCAAACGCAAACCUCCCACGGCUAAUAAUUCCCAGGCACCAUCUACCAAUUCUGAACCGAAACAAAGGAAAAACAAAGCAGUCAAUGGAGCAGAAAACGAUCCCUUUGUUAGACCAAAUUUACCACAACUGUUGACUUUGGCAGAAUAUCAUGAACAGGAAGAAAUUUUCAAACUUAGACUAGGACAUCUCAAAAAGGAAGAGGCAGAGAUCCAGGCAGAACUGGAACGUUUGGAAAGAGUUAGAAAUCUCCAUAUACGAGAGCUCAAAAGAAUAAACAACGAAGAUAAUUCACAGUUCAAAGAUCACCCAACGUUAAAUGAAAGAUAUUUAUUACUUCAUCUGCUUGGUAGAGGCGGUUUCAGUGAAGUUUAUAAGGCUUUUGACCUUUAUGAACAAAGAUAUGCUGCUGUGAAGAUCCAUCAGCUUAAUAAAAGCUGGAGAGAUGAGAAAAAAGAAAACUACCACAAACAUGCCUGCAGAGAGUAUAGAAUACACAAAGAACUGGAUCACCCCAGGAUAGUUAAACUCUAUGAUUAUUUCUCCUUGGAUACAGAUACAUUUUGUACAGUGCUAGAAUUCUGUGAAGGAAAUGACUUGGAUUUCUAUCUGAAGCAACAUAAGUUAAUGUCAGAGAAAGAAGCUAGAUCUAUUGUAAUGCAGAUUGUGAAUGCACUAAGAUAUCUCAACGAGAUCAAACCCCCUAUUAUACAUUACGAUCUUAAGCCAGGAAACAUCCUCUUGGUAGAUGGAACAGCAUGUGGAGAAAUCAAAAUCACUGAUUUUGGCCUGUCCAAGAUUAUGGAUGAUGAUAGCUACGGUGUAGACGGAAUGGACCUCACUUCCCAAGGCGCAGGCACAUACUGGUAUUUACCUCCUGAGUGCUUUGUAGUUGGAAAAGAGCCGCCCAAGAUUUCCAACAAGGUUGACGUGUGGUCAGUUGGGGUCAUCUUCUUCCAGUGUCUCUAUGGUAGAAAGCCAUUUGGUCACAAUCAAUCUCAGCAAGACAUUCUUCAAGAAAAUACAAUAUUAAAAGCCACAGAAGUUCAGUUCCCUGUGAAGCCAGUUGUCAGCAGCGAAGCCAAGGCCUUUAUAAGACGCUGUUUGGCAUAUCGAAAAGAAGAUCGAUUUGACGUGCACCAACUGGCAAAUGACCCAUACCUCCUCCCACACAUGAGAAGAUCGAAUUCUUCAGGAAACCUGCACAUGGCUGGGCUGACAGCAUCCCCGACACCCCCUUCUUCAAGCAUAAUUACUUACUGACUCUCCUCCAAAGUUGGCAUAGGAUCUUUGGAAUGCUUCCAGAUGCACACUUGCGUUUGAAAGCAUUUGAGCACUGUCUUUAUUUCCACAUGAGACCUGGUUAAGAACCGUGUCUUGACAGCGUCAUUUGUGAGAGUGGAUCAUGGAUGACCGAGCAUACACUUCCCAGCAUCCACCGUGAGCAGCACAGGGAGACUGCCUGUUGCAGACACAGGAAGGCCAUGUGAAGACACAAGAAAACCUGGCUUUCCUGUUAAUCUGGGGGAACAUUGUAAAUAACGUUUAUAGUACUUAAAUACAUUUGAUUGUUACUAGAGAGUUCUAAUAUGAAGGGUAGUUUUUCAUUAUUUAAAAACACAUGGGGGGAAAAAUGAGACAUUUCUAACACAAGAACUACAGUGCCUGGAUACAUUCUUCAGCAUUUGGCAGUUCACCUGCUGAGACCAAAGUAAGAACUGAGUGACGGUGACGGUUGUGUUUUACAGUGCAGAAUGUGAGAGACUCUGGACAAAGUUAGUCUUUGUCCUUUGCCUGUUCUGGCUUUUACCAAGUUGUACCUCGAAACCCCCACUUGUCCUUUUUUCCCACUGGUUAUAUUAAAGGGAGAGCUGUUAUUCUUAGAUACUCUCCACCUUUGACAAAAUCAGCUGCGUGUUUGGAAGUCAGUUGAAUUCACUGAAUUAUGACAUCUCUAGUGAUUUCAACAUGUUUGAAUUGCCAACAGGUAUUUUUCUUUUGUUACCAGGCCUUGUUCAUUAAAACAAGUGACAGUAUGUAACCAAAUGCAGACUAGUUCUAUGCAGGAUAAUGAUAAAUUCCCUUCUCACUCUAUUGUAAAUUACUGUACAGGUGUCAUAUUUCAAUUACUAAGUUUCAGCAGCUUAUUCUUGUACAAAUGUUUAAAAAUAUGGCUUUUCUAAUUGGA